AUUUCAAUUUUACCCGUCUCAAACACUUAUAAAUAACGGCAGAAGCAUAACAGAAAAUAGAAAAACUAGCUGUGCAAGUUGCGGAAAGAGAGAGGAAACAAAGAAUUUUGAAGGUUUUGUUUCUGUUAAUUGGAUUGAUAACAAUGGAUGAAGAUUUGGACAUUGAAGCUGAAACCAAGGCUGAAGAUCAAAUGGAAGCCACUGCCAUCUUUAAGAAUACAAAUCAGCCUGUCAUUUUAAAGUUUGUUGAUGUUGUCUAUAAAAUCAAGCUUCGGAAAGUAGGUAAUUGGUUUCGAAAAAAUUCGAGUUCGGAUCAAGAGAAAGUGAUCUUAAAUGGGAUCACUGGAAUGGUUCAACCUGGUGAAAUGUUAGCUAUGCUUGGUCCAUCAGGCAGUGGCAAAACAACCCUGUUAACUGCAUUAGGAGGCCGCCUAGGUGGGCGGCUCAAUGGAACUAUAACAUACAAUAGCAAGCGUUUCUCCAAUUCGAUGAAACGAAAUACAGGGUUUGUGACUCAAGAUGAUGUUCUAUACACUCACUUGACAGUGACUGAAACACUUGUAUUCACUGCCCUUCUUCGAUUACCGAAUAGUUUUACUAAACAAGAGAAGAUCAUGAAUGCUGAAGCUGUAAUCACUCAACUUGGACUAAUUCAAUGCAAAAACAGCAUCAUUGGAGAUCCAUUUUUGAGAGGCAUUUCAGGAGGGGAGCGAAAAAGGGUUAGUAUAGGUCAAGAAAUGCUUAUAAAUCCGAGCUUGUUGUUCUUGGAUGAGCCUACAUCGGGUCUGGAUUCAACUACAGCUCAAAGGAUUGUGUCAACGUUGUUGGAUCUUGCUCAAGGUGGAAGAACAGUUGUGCUGACGAUACACCAGCCAUCGAGUAGGCUAUUUUAUAUGUUUCAUAAGGUUUUGCUGCUGUCAGAAGGUAACCCUUUGUAUUUUGGACAAGGAUCAGCUGCUAUGGAUUAUUUUUCCAGCAUCGGUUAUGCCCCAUCAGUUGCCAUGAACCCUUCAGAUUUCUUAUUGGAUCUCGCAAAUGGUGUUUCAUCAAAUGAUUCACUAAAGGAGCAAACCCUGGUGAAGAAAACACUAAUUUCUGCCUACAAGAGCAAAAUUGCUGAGAAAUUAAAGGAUGAGCUUCAGGAAAUCAGCAAUCACCCUCCUGAUGAAUUGGAAAACAAGAAGUUUCCAAGGUGGGCUACAACUUGGUGGCAACAGUUCAUUAUAUUGCUUCAAAGGGGAGUAAAGGAAAGAAAGCAUGAAUCAUUCUCUGGCUUAAACAUUGCUGAGGUCCUGGUGGUAGCUGUCCUUUCAGGUUUGUUAUGGUGGCAAUCUGAUAUUGCUCACUUGCAGGACCAGAUUGGACUCCUCUUCUUUUCUUCAGGAUUUUGGGGCUUUUUCCCCCUAUUCCGAGCAAUUUUCACCUUCCCCCAGGAACGAAUGAUGCUUGAAAAGGAACGGUGUUCAGGAAUGUACAGGCUAUCCUCAUACUUCAUGUCAAGAACCAUUGCUGAUCUCCCCAUGGAGCUCAUCCUUCCCACUGCUUUUGUUACAAUAACAUAUUGGAUGGCAGGACUUAAACCCACAGCAGGAAAUUUCCUGCACACCUUAUUUGCUCUUCUUUUCUGUGUCCUAGUCUCUCAAGGCCUAGGGCUAGCCCUUGGUGCCAUGGUCAUGGACCAAAAAUCAGCAACCGUUCUUGGAUCAGUGAUCAUGCUUACUUUCUUACUCGCCGGCGGGUUCUAUAUUCAACAUGUUCCUGCUUUCAUUUCAUGGAUCAAAUACAUUUCCGUUAGCCAUUACACAUACAAACUCUUCUUGGGGUCUCAAUACAAGCCAAAUGAAACUUACCCUUGUGGUAAUGAUCCUGGAAAGGUUUGCUUGGUUGGAGAUUUUCCAUCUAUAAAAACUGUUGGCCUUGAUGGGCAAGUCCUAUCUGCUGUUGCCUUGGCCAUAAUGCUUGUAGUAUACCGGCUGAUUGCUUAUUUGGCCCUCAUGAGAAUUGGGGUGACCAAAAAGUUAGAGAAAUAGCUAAACCUUUUCCAUUAUGCGUAAAACCAAGAGGGAAACAUGCAUGAAUUAAAUUAGAAAUGUCAUUGUCUUUCAUUUUUCUUUUUCAUGUUGGUGGCUUGUAUACUACACAUGGAUGAGAAAAGAGAGAGAAUUUUGUAUCAUUCCAAUGAUUUAUCAAGUUAAAGAAAUUCGCAUUCGAGCAUUUCACUCAAA